AUGUCACCAAUCCUAUUUUUAUUGGCCAUUGACUGGAUACAAAGAAAUACACGAAAAGAGGUAUCCAGUGGACCAUGUUUAAGUUAUAACCAGCUAGAAGACCUUAAUUUUGCUGAUGACAUUGCCAUAUUAUCAACAACAAGUGAACACCUCCAAGAGAAGUCUAACAUACUUAACAACUAUGCAAAGCAAACUGGUCUGAAUGUCAAUGCCAAGAAGACCAAGGUAAUAUCAAUAAACACUAGAAAUACAACACCAAUAACAAUCAAUGAUCUGCCAGUGGACAGUGUUGAAGAUUUCACUUAUCUUGGAAGCAUCAUAAGCAAAGAUAAUGGGACAGGGAAGGAUAUAAAGGCAAGACUAUCUAAGGCACGUUUACAAGACUUAAUACAAUCUGGAAGUCCAACCAGUACAGUUAAGGACCAAACUGCGAAUUUAUAA